UCUUGUCAGCUAACUGUACUGGGAAGAGUUUGACAAAUAGAGCUUGGUUUGCUUGAGGGGGACCUCAACAGAAUGUGUCCUGAAAACUUCCUAUUCAUAUUCCAUUAAAACACUCGACCCCCCUGGAAGACAUUGUAUAUUAUGCACACAGGGUGGGUGAGAAGGAAAACAUGGCGAAUAUCGGACUCAGGACUGCCGUUAACUGAAGUUUUGGUCCGCUAGCUCUCACCCACAGAUGCAGUCGCAGCGUUGACUUGCUGCAGUUUCCGCCCGUUGCUCUGGUCUGUCCAGGGAUGCAGAGCCAUGUGCGCCAAUGUGGACCACAUUUCGGAGGAGAGCAGUGCUUGUUUUUGUUCCUCGUCUGCUGUAGAUUUACAAUGGGAAGUGUGUUUCAGAGUGUUACAUCAGUGAAGUCAAGUCUUUAUUUUGAAGAGUGGCCAUCAUCAUCUGUCGGGCUCUGCUUUAUCGGAUGCUGAUCGAGAAUUUGCUUAAUACCAUUUCAGAUGAACACGAGAAGCAACAGAAACAUGAGAGAAAAACAGAGAGUUAAUACAUCCAGAACAGAGCCAGGGAGAGCAAAACCAGCUGAAACUGGACAGAAAAGGAAACAAGAGGCUGAAAGGAGCGAGGCGAUGAAGGAGAGGAUGAAGAGAGGAAGACUAGAGAUGGGUGAAAAAAACCCAUGUUCAGCGGCAGCGCCGGAUGGCGGAUGGGGCUGGAUGAUCGUGGCCGGAUGUUUCCUCACCACUGUUUGCACACGUGCGGUUACUAGGUGUGUUUCCAUAUUUUUUGUGGAAUUUCAGUUAUAUUUUUCCAGAGAUUAUUCUGCAACUGCAUGGAUACACUCUCUGCUGGACUGUACUACAAUGUUGUGUGCACCGCUGGGUAGUUAUAUCGGGAACCGGCUCUCUUCACGUAUAGCUAUCAUGAUUGGUGGGCUUCUCUCCUCUGCUGGCCUUCUGCUCAGCUCAUUGGCCACUAGCGUGGAGUUCCUGUAUCUCACACUGGGUGUUCUUACAGGUGUGGGGUUUGCUCUCAGCUACACUCCUGCAAUCGCCAUGGUGGGCUCCUACUUCCGCCAGAGGAAAGCGUUGGCCUAUGGGAUCGCCAUGUCUGGCAGCGGCAUUGGGACAUUCAUUCUAGCACCGGCUGUGCAACUCCUCAUCGAGUUCUUCUCUUGGAGGGGCGCACUGCUCAUUUUGGCGGGUCUGGUGUCCCAUUUGUGUGUCUGUGGAGCUCUUAUGAGGCCAUUAGAGAGCCAAAGAGGAAGGCAGAACAAGAUGGACUUGGAGAAUGGCAAAACAGUUGAUUUGUUAAACGUGAAACUUGCUUAUGUGGAGUUGAGUGGAUCGAUGGAGGUGACGCAUGCAUUGGUGAAAGAGAUGGAGAAAAAAGAACCAUCUGAGAACAUGCUGAGGAAUGGAAAAGGAUGGAUUGAGGCUGAUGAUAUGAAGCAGUCACACUCAGAUGAGGAAGAAAAUCAUGGACAGGAUCUUUUUGAGAACCCUAAAACUGUGAACAAAUGGAGUGAAGAACCAGGAACCAUCUCAAUCCCCGCUUUAGUACAAUCAAGUGGCUUGUCAUUAGAUAAUUUGCUCAAAAACCAGAAGAACAUAACUUUCCCAGAAUCAAAAUCUGAAGGAAACAAUAACCAAAGCACUGUGGCUAUCAAAGUGGUAAAAGCCAAAUUACUGAAGGAAUCCAAGGAAAAUGUAUGGUCUGUCUUAAGGAAAACCGUACUGAAAGAAUAUUCUUUCCUGUUGAUACCAGACUUUCUGUUGCUGUUGGUGUCCUUCCUGUUUCUUGCCUAUGGUUGCAGUGUGCCGUUUGUCUAUCUUGUGCCAUAUUCACUGAGCGCAGGUGUCAGCCCUCAACAGGCUGCAUUAGUCAUGUCCAUACUUGGAGUGUCGGGGAUCAUCGGUACGAUCACUUUCGGAUGGAUUGCAGAUCGAAAGUGUUUGAGGCCCUACAGGGUGGUGAGUUACAUGCUGGCUGUGGGGUCAGAAGGGCUGAGCUGUCUCUUUCUGCCUCUGCUGAGUGGAUUUUCUCUGCUUGUCCCCUUUUCCCUCAUCUACGGCUACUUUGACGGAGCUUAUGUGGCUCUUAUUCCGGUGGUGACCUCUGACACUGUCAGCUCCACCCAGCUGACCUCAGCUCUGGGAGUUGUUUACUUCCUCCAUGCCAUUCCCUACCUCAUCAGCCCACCUAUUGGAGGUUGGCUAGUGGAUCAGACAGGCUCCUACACCGCUACAUUCAUCCUCAGUGGAGUCUCUCUGAUCUGCAGCGCUGUGAUUCUGGCUGCUGUGAAAGUGAUUUUCCGCUGCACCAGAGGGAGCUCUUGCUUAAAAUGACUCUCAACCAGCUGCACAGGAGCUUUCUGAAGCAGCACAACAAUACAGCAAUAUUGCUGUCAGGAAACAUGAAUGUUCCUCCAUUGGGGUUACACAGGGUUAUAAUAGAUUUUAUAACUGAACUCGCAUUAGUCAAAAGGAUUGUCUCAAAAACAAGCUGUUCAAUCCACUUUAUUUUGCAAUGCGGUAGUAAGCUCUUUUCUGUAAAUGUCUUAGACUUACAAUUCAUUUGCUGCUCUGGGGAAAACACUAGUAAUUAAAAAUGGCAGGAAACAGGCAAUCUACAUGUGCUACAAACCAGUGUGUUUAUAAUUAUGACAAUACAAUAAAAUAAUAUAAUAAGAAAUGCCAAUAUAACAAGCUGUUUUGUAUGGCUAAAAAAUGAAUGGAUGUGGUCUUGACAUUUAAAUUACAAUGGCUGUGCCUUCUUUUGCCUGAAAAAUAAGAUGGAAAGCAUAACUGGACACAGAACUGGUCAGCUUUAAAGAGUGUUCAGCUUUACUGACAAAUUACGUUUAACUUGCUUUAAAAAAUGGUGGUUUAAAUUGCUUGGGGAUAACUGUUCCAUGUUUGCUACAAAAGCACUACUUUAUGUGUAUAUCUUGGCUGAGAUCUGAUUGGCUGGUCAGAUUAAAGGGAUAAGUAUGCAUUGCCCAAUUGUAUGUCCAAAUGUACACCGCUGUUCAAAAGUUUGUGUUCUGUUAAAUGUGUAUGUUUUUAAAGCUCUUAUGCA